AUGGCAGCUACGGCGUCAGCGCCGCCUGCCCUCUCUCCAGGGCAGGCGACGCUCGAUCAUGACGACAGCAACAUCUCCAGCCCUUUGAGCGACGUCGAGGAUAAGGACGGUGGUGAAUCCCUGGAUGGCAUGCAGCUUGACCCCCCUCAGACACAUCACGACGAUGCGCUCGACUCCGACAGUAACCUGUCCGAGGCAAACGAUACAGAGGCGGAGACUGAGCGCCUUUAUGACACCCCGCAGGCCCAGCGGCACAAGGACGUGGUCGUCAAUCAGUUUAAUGACGGCCAGAUAUUUGAACGCACUCCAAGCAAGCUUCAAAAGACAUUUUCAGUCGACGGCGACGACGAUAGUCUUUCCGAUCGCGACGACGUGUCGAUGCUCUCCAGCCGCGGUGACGAGGCAUCGCCUAGCAAGCCCAAGAAGUCCACCGAGCCCACAUCUGCCGACGGUAAUUCUGAGAGCAUCGACACCAAAAAGAGGAAGAGAUCGCCGAUCGCGGAGUCUUCUGAGCCGGGGCAGCCUUCUCGAAAGCGCACUGGCUCUGUCGUGCCCCAUGAGCAGGAGCAACACAAGAACAACGUGGAAAUGCAGGAGGACGAUGCUCCAUCCACAAAUUCCCACAGUGGUGACCAUUCUGCGACCGACGAUAAUGUCCUAGAGCUCCCACCGAACAAGCGUGGUCCGUCGCGCGACACCCACAGCCCCGUCAAGGAUUCCCAAAUAACGAAGAAGAUCACCCGCAACGGUAGCAAACGUAAAGGCAAUGUUACCGAGAUCCAGGAUCAUGAAGGCCAUGACGGUGACGCCCGCGACGACAGCAGAGGCGACGAAGAUACAAGAGCUCACGAUGAUGAUCAAGCUGAACAAGAGGGCGACGAUGACGCAGAAACGACACAUGAUGAAGAACUAGAGAAAAAGCGUGCUGCCGUUGAAGAAUGGACAGAUCUCGAAGAGAAGUUUGUGCUUUUCCGUGAGCGAUUGUACAAGGAUCGCCUCGAGCGCCUCGAGCAAGAGGAGCAUUCGCUACAAGCGGAACCUCCUUCCCACCCUGAGUAUCUGAACAUGAAGCAGUGUUUGGACGAAAGGCUGGAAAAGAAGCUCCGUCAUAUCAACAAAGAGUACGAGCUAUCAGUCGAGGCACUUGAACGGCUAGCAGUGGCACGCCGCGCCCAGAUCUGGGACCAGUUUUACCAAGGCGCGCGAGAAAAACGGUCAAGGAUGCUGGAAGACUUGAACAAGGAGUGGUACGAAACCCAGAAUGCCAGACGGAGCGCACACAGCGUCCCAGACUACGGCCUUCUGUUCCCGACCAAUCCUAUACAGCGAACAAGGAAUGCCGUGGCAUACAACUCGGAGGUCUCGUUUCUUGCAGGCCUUGCCAAACAUGAGGGCUUUCCUGCCGUUCCAGCCAUGCGGGGUGCAAAUCUGUUGGAGAUCGAAGAUGACUUGGAGGCCAUAAAACGCAACUCUAGGCCUCGUCAGCGAUCAAUAAUGCAGCCUCUCGAGGACUAUCAGGCAGUCGCAUUUGGAGGAACUCUUGGCCCAGCAGGGGAGCAGUUCAUCAAGGAUACUCCGUGGGCAAAUCCGAACCAUUUCUCGCACAAGAUCAACCCAACACCUGCAGCUCCUGGAGCUCGUGUCAACAGCCCACUGCAAGGAAGUAAAGCAUCGGCAGCAGGCCUGUCACAGCCGUCACCGGCUUUGUCGAACGGUCAUUCCGCCCCCCAGACGUCCCCGCACGCGAAUCUUUUCCCUUCUGCAUCUCCAGAGAUGGUGCGAAUCGCCAAUGUUCUUACGCAAAGCGCUCAAAUGAAGCGUGUGGGAAGUCGGGCUUCGAAAGCUGCAAAGGACUCUACCCCCAAACAAGAACCAGUAACAGCGAUGGCAAGUUAG